AUGACUACUUUGAUACAGUCAAAUGAAGAGGAACAUGAAAGCAGUUUUCUGAAAUCUGAAGUAAAUAAAACUGAUGAUAACUCAGAACGUCAGUUGAAAAAAUUUACUCAAAAUGGAAAAAGUGAAACAUACAGAAGAACUCGAAUGCAAAAGCUUAAAAAAUGGUUGAUAAACAUCGAUAAUCUAUUCAUUACAUUCACUGUCUUGGCUGUUAUAUUGGGCAUGACAAUUGGAUUGAUCAUAAAAAUUUAUGUUUCACCAUCGCCAAGAACUAUAUAUCUUAUAUCAUUCCCUGGAGAAUUACUUAUGAAUAUGCUGAAAAUGUUGAUUAUCCCGCUUAUUGUAUCCAGUUUAAUUUCAGGUCUCGCAGGUUUGGAUCCUAAAUCAAGUGGAAAAAUUGGUUCAUAUGCACUAAUUUACUAUGUUGUAACUACAAUGCUUGCUGUUAUUUUGGGCAUUGGUUUAGUCUUAUGUAUACAUCCAGGUGAUGCUUCAAUAAAGGCUGAAAUAGGCGAAGGAACAAUUUCAGAACGCAGACCUGAGACAUUGGACUCUUUACUGGAUUUAAUGAGAAAUUUGUUUCCGAGAACAUUGUUCAAGCCUCCUUACAACAACAACAAAGUACCUACGUUACAAUUGUCAAACGUCCGAAUACCAAUUACCUAUGAAGCUGUUCAACCAAAGUAUGUAGACAGCACAAACGUUCUAGGUUUGGUAUCAUUUUCAAUUAUGUUCGGUAUUAUACUUGGUCAAAUGGGUGAUCGAGCUGUUGUUAUGGUACAGUUUUUCUCAAUCCUGAAUGAAGUUGUCAUGAGAAUGGUACAAGUUAUUAUGCUCUAUUCACCUUUCGGUAUAUUCUUCUUAAUUUUGGGUAAAAUGUUGGAAAUUGAAAAUUUACGAGAUACAGCAAGAGCAUUAGGCUUAUAUAUGGUGACUGUAGUAAGCGGUUUGGCGAUUCACUUACUUGGUACUCUAGCAUUACUCUACUUUGUGGCUACACGAAAAAACCCAUAUGUAUUCUACAAAGGAUUGUUUCAAGCUUGGAUUACAGCCUUAGGGACUGCUUCAAGUGCAGCUACUCUACCGAUUACAUUUCGUUGUCUUGAACAAAAUCUUGGCAUUGAUAAACGUGUAACACGUUUUGUACUACCUAUUGGAGCAACAAUCAAUAUGGAUGGUACAGCAUUAUAUGAAGCUGUUGCUUCUAUUUUCAUUGCACAAAUUAAUGGAAAAUAUUUAACAAUCAUUGAAGUAUUCAUUGUAAGCUUGACAGCAACUCUGGCAGCAAUUGGAGCAGCAAGUGUUCCCAGUGCCGGUUUGGUCACAAUGAUGUUAGUGUUGACAUCAGUUGGGUUGCCAACAAAAGAUAUCUCUUUGAUUCUCGCUGUUGACUGGCUACUUGAUCGAAUACGUACAUCAAUCAAUGUGAUGGGAGAUGCAGUCGGUGCAGGUAUUGUUAAUCAUUUAUGUCGAAAGGAAUUAGCUCAAAGUGAUGCUGAAAUUGAAAAAGAAAUUGAUGAAGUUGUUGAAGAGUAUACACGUGAAUUAUCUAUUGGAACAGAUCGUGAAAAGCGUAAUUCAUCUAGUACACGUCAUAGUAAGAAACGGAUGAGUUUAGCUGCAGCAAUGCGUUUACAAGAGAAUGCAUCACCACUUGGUACAGUUAUGACUACUACACAGCCAUUAUCAAAUGAUCUAGAAUCUCCAACAUCAAAAGUUUUUCUACCAACUAGUAUUCACCCUUUUGAUGAAAUUCAUAAGUAG